UUACUGCAUGUGCUUCUCCAUGAGGCUGCUUGCUUCCUGAGGAGGCCCACAAAGGACAGAGAAUCCCAGCAGGCGGGACCGCCAGUCCUGUGUGAUGUGAUCACAGAGGCCUCAUCCCUGACAUUGGCCACUUGGCCUAUUCUAAGGGAAUCAUUGGUUCUGCUCAGUGACCUGCUACCCCUGCAAAAUGACGGUCCUUCAUGAACUUUUGAGACAAGAUCUCAUGUAGCCCAGACUGAUCCCAAACUUGGCUGUGUAGCCAAGAAUGACCUGGAAUUUCUGAUCCUCUGGCUGCCGGGAUCACAGGUGUGCACGACUGUAUCUGGUUUAUGUGCUGCAGGGGAUUGAACCCAAGGCUUCAUAUGUGCCAGCAAGCACUCUACAGGGUAACAAACCUAGGCCACAGAAGGCUCAUCGGCAGGUGUGCUCCUCAGAAGGUCCUGAGAGAUGGGGGGGCUCAAGCCUGCUUGCCUGCUCCCUCCUCCCAGGACUGAGCCCUGGCUCACUUCCCAGAAGAGCAAACAAGGCUUGGGGAAAGACCGAUGUACUCCCUGCCCUGACCCUCACACUCGCAUCAUGGGAUAAAAGGUUAUUUCUGGUUGGUUGCCUUCCAGAUGUAUUGUGCUUGGACAGCAACUUGAUUUCAAACCACCCCAGGUCCAAGAACUUUAAAUGAGAGGCCGUAUGAAGCCCUGGUGGCAGUCGGGAGCAGGUCUGGCUAAGUUGCUGAGGGCACUGUCCAGCCAUGCCAUCUGUGGAUGAUGUCCUGGAGCAGGUUGGGGAGUUUGGCCGGUUCCAGAAGCAAGCCUUCCUGCUGCUGUGCCUGAUCUCAGUUUCCUUAGCUCCGGUCUACGUGGGCAUCGUCUUCCUGGCUUUCACCCCUGACCACCGCUGCCGGAGUCCUGGGGUGGCCGAGCUAAGCCAGCGUUGUGGCUGGAGCCCGGCUGAGGAGCUGAACUACACCGUGCCGGGCCUGGGCUCUGCGCACGGGGCCUCCUUCCUCAGCCAGUGCAUGCAGUACGAGGUGGACUGGAACCAGAGCACCCUUGGCUGUGUGGACCCCCUGUCCAGCCUGGCGGCCAACAGGAGCCACUUGCCCCUGAGCCCCUGCCGGCACGGCUGGGUGUACGACACUCCUGGCUCCUCCAUCGUCACCGAGUUUAACCUGGUGUGUGGUGAUGCCUGGAAGGUAGACCUUUUUCAGUCCUGUGUGAACCUAGGCUUCUUCCUCGGCUCCCUGGCGGUGGGCUACAUUGCAGACAGGUUUGGUCGUAAGCUGUGCCUCCUGGCGACUACUCUGGUCACUUCCUUGUCGGGCGUGCUGACAGCUGUGGCCCCGGACUACAUAUCCAUGUUGCUCUUCCGCCUGCUUCAGGGCAUGGUCAGCAAGGGCAGCUGGGUGUCUGGCUACACCUUGAUCACAGAGUUCGUCGGCUCUGGUUACAGAAGAACAACGGCGAUCCUGUACCAGACGGCCUUCACGGUGGGGCUGGUGGGGCUUCCUGGGGUGGCCUACGCCAUUCCCUACUGGCGCUGGCUCCAGCUGGCUGUCUCCCUGCCCACCUUCUUCUUCUUGCUCUAUUACUGGUGUGUGCCAGAGUCCCCUCGAUGGCUGCUGUCCCAGAAGAGAACCACCCAAGCAGUAAGGGUUAUGGAGCAAAUUGCUCAGAAGAACAGGAAGGUGCCCCCCGCUGACCUGAAGAUGCUCUGCGUGAAGGAGGAAGCCUCCUCAGAAAAGCAGACCCCUUCCUUUGCAGACCUGUUUCGCACUCCCAGCAUGAGGAAGCACACCUUCAUCCUGAUGUACAUGUGGUUCUCUUGCGCUGUGGUGUACCAGGGCCUCAUCUUGCACGUGGGGGCCACAGGUGGGAACCUCUACCUGGACUUCUUUUACUCUUCUCUGAUGGAAUUCCCUGCGGCCUUCAUCAUCCUUGUCACCAUUGACCGCAUUGGCCGCAUCUACCCAAUGGCCACCUCAAAUCUGGUGGCCGGGGCGGCCUGCCUCAUCAUGAUCUUUAUCCCACAUGAGCUGCAUUGGUUGAAUGUCACCCUUGCUUGCCUGGGCCGUAUGGGAGCUACCAUCGUGUUGCAGAUGAUCUGCCUGGUGAAUGCUGAGCUGUACCCUACAUUCAUCAGGAAUCUUGGGAUGAUGGUGUGCUCCGCCCUGUGUGAUCUGGGUGGGAUCUUCACCCCCUUCAUGGUGUUCAGGCUGAUGGAAGUUUGGCAACCCUUGCCCCUCAUUUUGUUUGGGGUUUUGGGACUGACUGCUGGGGCCAUGGCAUUUCUUCUCCCAGAGACCAAGGGUGUGGCUUUGCCUGAGACUAUCGAAGAAGCAGAGAACCUACGGAGGAGGAAAUCAAAGGCCAAAGAAAACACAAUUUAUCUUCAGGUCCAAACAGGCAAAUCCCCAGACAUCUAACAGGGACCCUGUGCCAGGAGCUGAGUAGCAGAGAGAAAGGGGGACUCACCACUUGGAGAAUUCCCAGAAGCCUUUGCAUUCCUAUACUCUUCUAUGUUGCCCAUUUCCAAUGAAUAUCAAUUCUAAAGACUUUUCUGAAA